AUGACAACCGCUAGAAAUUUCUCAGCUCUUAUCCGAGAAAAGAGGAAGCUAAAAGUGGCAAGGCGGCUGGACACGUUGCUGCCUAACGCGAGUAACGACCCCCCUCUCCCCCUUUUCCCCGUCCAACUUUCUUUCUUCUCGGAGCUUCUUCGCUCUCCGUCCGGCGAUCGGCCGGGCGGUGAGAAGGAGGCGGCGGAGUCCGGAGAGUUCGGGGGAGGCGAGCGAGCGAGCGAUCUUCCACGAAACGCAGAGUUUACGGAAACCCUAAAUUCUGAAGACAGUGACAAGUAA